AGAGGGGGAGAAGUGUCCGGGGGGAGCGGAGACUGAGGGGACUGGAGCCCAGCCUGGCCGGUGACACCUGGACACAUUCCGAGACUUUCCCCAGGAGAUUCCGUCUACACCGGGAACCCCGAACUAACCCUCUCCCUGGCAUGUGACACCUCUCAGGGGACACUCACCGAUCCCUCUCCGGAGAUCUGGGCUGCUGCACCAUGCCCCGGCUGUAGGGGGCGCCACUGCCGGCACAGAGAGGAUGCCCGACAAAAUGUCCAGCUUCUUAUACAUCGGGGACAUCGUGUCCCUCUAUGCGGAGGGCUCCGUCAAUGGCUUCAUCAGCACCCUGGGGUUGGUGGAUGAUAGAUGUGUGGUUAACCCAGAGGCUGGAGACCUGGCCAAUCCACCCAAAAAAUUCAGAGACUGUCUGUUCAAGGUGUGUCCUAUGAGCAGGUACUCCGCUCAGAAGCAAUUCUGGAAAGCUAAACAGGCAAAACAAGGGAACAACACAGAAGCCGCUCUUCUAAAGAAACUUCAGCACGCUGCAGAACUUGAACAGAAACAGAACGAGUCAGAGAACAAAAAGCUUCUGGGAGAGAUUGUAAAGUACAGCAAUGUCAUACAGCUGCUGCACAUUAAGAGUAACAAAUACCUCACGGUUAACAAGCGGCUGCCAGCGCUUUUGGAGAAGAAUGCCAUGCGGGUGUCCCUGGAUGCGGCAGGGAACGAAGGCUCCUGGUUCUACAUUCAGCCAUUCUGGAAGCUGAGGAGUGAAGGAGACAAUGUGGUCGUAGGCGAUAAAGUAGUUCUGAUGCCGGUGAACGCUGGCCAGCCUCUUCACGCCAGUAAUAUAGAACUUCUGGAUAACCCCGGCUGUAAGGAGGUGAACGCUGUUAAUUGUAACACAAGCUGGAAAGUUACAUUGUUUAUGAAGUUCAGCGACUAUCGGGAAGAUGUUCUGAAAGGGGGCGAUGUGGUUAGACUCUUUCAUGCAGAACAAGAGAAAUUUCUGACCUGUGACGAAUAUGAAAAAAAGCAACAUAUCUUUCUCCGUACCACCUUACGCCAGUCUGCCACAUCGGCAACCAGCUCCAAGGCCUUAUGGGAAAUUGAGGUCGUGCAUCACGAUCCAUGCCGAGGAGGAGCCGGACAGUGGAACAGCCUUUUCAGGUUUAAGCACUUGGCUACUGGAAAUUACCUGGCGGCAGAGGCAGUUUUUUUCUAUUGUGACCAGCAGCAGAGGACUAGAGGCUCCUCCUGCUUAUGUUUAUCUGCAGACAGACUGGGAAAGAUCUGUGACAGCUGUAUAUCGAUUAGGAAAAAGAUCAACCCAGAUUAUCGGGAUGCCAAUGAUGGCAAAGUUACAAAGGAAGGUGAACUGCCAGUGUCGAAGAGGAAAUGGCAGACAGGAGAGAAGAUAAUGUUCACACUGGUGUCCGUACCGCACGGGAAUGACAUUGCAUCCCUCUUUGAACUGGAUGCCACAACUCUGCAGCGAGCUGACUGCUUAGUACCCAGGAACUCCUAUGUCAGACUACGCCAUCUUUGUACCAACACCUGGGUGACCAGUACUAGUAUUCCCAUUGACACGGAUGAGGAAAGACCUGUCAUGCUGAAGAUCGGAACGUGCCAAACGAAGGAAGAUAAGGAAGCUUUUGCCAUCAUCUCAGUUCCUCUGUCUGAGGUUCGAGACUUGGAUUUUGCCAAUGACGCCAACAAAGUUUUAGCCUCCACGGUGAAGAAGUUGGAGUAUGGAACUAUCACUCAGAACGAACGAAGGUUUGUAACCAAACUUUUGGAAGAUCUGAUAUUUUUUGUUGCUGGAGUCCCAAACAACGGACAGGAAGUACUGGAAGUAGUUGUCACCAAACCCAACCGGGAAAGGCAAAAGUUAAUGAGAGAGCAGAACAUUUUAGCUCAGAUCUUCGGCAUCUUGAAGGCACCAUUUAAAGACAAAGCUGGUGAGGGUUCCAUGCUGCGUCUUGAAGAUCUGGGUGACCAGAGAUAUGCCCCUUACAAGUACAUUCUGCGACUUUGCUACCGGGUCCUGAGGCACUCUCAGCAAGACUAUCGGAAGAACCAGGAAUAUAUUGCCAAGCAUUUCUGCAUCAUGCAGUCACAGAUUGGAUAUGACAUCCUGGCAGAAGACACUAUCACCGCUCUCUUACACAACAACCGCAAACUGCUGGAGAAACACAUCACUGCCAAGGAGAUUGAGACCUUUGUGAAUUUAUUGAGACGGAACCGAGAGCCGAGAUUCCUUGAUUAUUUGUCAGAUCUGUGUGUGUCAAACACAACCGCCAUACCUGUAACUCAGGAGCUGAUCUGUAAAUUCAUGUUAAGCCCAGGAAAUGCCGAUAUCCUUAUUCAGACCAAAUUGGUCUCUCUACAGAUGGACAAUCCCCUGGAAUGCUCUGUCCUCGCAGACGACCUUGAUGAAGAAGAAGUUUGGUUAUACUGGAUUGACAGCAAUAAAGAGCCACAUGGCAAAGCCAUCCGACACCUGGCACAGGAAGCUAAGGAGGGAACUAAAGUUGACCUGGAAGUUUUAAACUACUACAGGUAUCAGUUAAACCUGUUUGCACGGAUGUGUCUGGACCGCCAGUAUCUUGCCAUCAACCAGAUCUCCACCCAGCUUUCUGUAGAUCUGAUUCUCCGCUGUAUGUCUGAUGAAAGCCUCCCUUACGACCUGCGUGCCUCCUUCUGCCGUCUCAUGUUGCACAUUCACGUGGACCGCGAUCCUCAAGAAUCAGUGGUUCCUGUGAAGUACGCCAGACUGUGGACAGAAAUUCCCACACGAAUCAGCAUCCAUGAUUAUGACUCCUUCACUGACUCUACCCGGGAUGACAUGAAGAUGAAAUUUGCUCUGACCAUGGAGUUUGUGGAAGAAUAUCUAAAAGAGGUUGUGAAUCAGCCUUUCCCCUUUGGUGACAAGGAGAAAAAUAAAUUAACCUUUGAGGUUGUCCAUUUGGCUCGAAAUCUCAUCUAUUUUGGAUUCUAUAGCUUCAGCGAGCUACUACGACUAACUCGAACUCUUCUGGCUAUUCUUGACAUUGUCCAGAGCCCCAUGUCUUCCUACCUAGAGCGGCUGAGCAAGUUCCAGGAUGGAGGGAAUAACGUCAUGAGAACAAUCCACGGGGUUGGAGAGAUGAUGACCCAGAUGGUCCUCAGCCGUGGAUCUGUCCUUCCCAUUGCAGUUCAAGAUGUUCAGCCCAGUCUGCACACCAGCAAGCAGACCAGUGACAGCGAGGACAUAACUGUGAUGGACACUAAACUGAAGAUCAUUGAGAUCCUACAGUUUAUUCUCAGUGUGCGGCUGGAUUAUAGAAUUUCCUAUAUGUUGUCCAUCUACAAGAAGGAAUUUGGAGAUAAUGGAGGCAACGUGGACAGCUCAACAGUUUCAACAACCUCACCACCAGACACGCCGACCCUAGCAGCAGUUGUUCCUGAUAUUGAUGAAAUAGCAGCAAGGGCUGAGACCAUGUUUGCUGGAAGCAAAGAGAAGAAUCCUGUGGAAUUGGACGAUGAAGGUGGCAGGACCUUCCUGCGGGUUCUCAUUCACCUAAUCAUGCAUGACUAUCCGCCGUUGCUCUCUGGGGCUCUCCAACUGCUCUUCAAGCAUUUUAGCCAGAGGGCAGAGGUACUGCAGGCCUUCAAACAGGUUCAGCUGCUGGUGUCAAAUCAGGAUGUCGACAACUACAAGCAGAUCAAGGCCGACCUGGACCAAUUACGGCUGACGGUGGAGAAGUCUGAACUUUGGGUUGAAAAGAGCAAUAGUUACGAGAACGAGGAACUGGGAGACGGGCAGGCCAAGGAUGGCAAAGAGCAGAUUAAUGAGGACACAAGUAUUCUGGGCCCUGUUGAAGACGGAACCAAGAAGCCUCAGAUUGACAGCAACAAAGCCAACAACUACAAGAUUGUCAAAGAGAUCCUGAUCCGGCUAAGCAAGCUGUGUUCACAGAGUAAGAAGGGCCGCAGCCAGCAGCAGAGGCUUCUGAAGAAUAUGGGAGCACAUUCUGUGGUCCUAGAUCUUCUGCAGAUUCCAUAUGAAAAGACUGACGAUAAGAUGAACGAGAUUAUGACCCUCGCUCAUAACUUUCUACAAAACUUUUGCCGUGGCAACCCACAGAAUCAAGUCCUGCUUCAUAAAAACUUGAACCUCUUCCUGACGCCAGGGCUCCUGGAAGCGGAAACCAUGAGAAACAUUUUCAUGAGCAACUAUCACUUAUGUAAUGAGAUUAGCGAUCGUGUAGUCCAACACUUUGUUCACUGCGUGGAGACACACGGCCGUCACGUCGAGUACCUUCGCUUCCUGCAGACCAUUGUGAAAGCAGAUGGGAAGUAUGUGAAGAAGUGUCAAGACGUUGUGAUGACCGAGCUCAUCAAUGGUGGAGAAGAUGUGCUUAUCUUCUACAAUGACCGGGCCUCAUUCCCCAUCCUCCUUCAAAUGAUGUGCUCUGAGCGAGACCGUGCAGAUGAGAGCGGGCCCCUGCAUUAUCACAUCACCCUGGUGGAGCUCCUGGCAGCUUGUACGGAGGGCAAGAAUGUCUACACUGAAAUCAAGUGCAACUCCCUCCUGCCCCUGGAUGACAUUGUCCGGGUGGUGUCACAUGAUGACUGCAUUCCGGAGGUCAAAAUUGCUUAUGUCAACUUUGUCAACCACUGUUACGUGGACACUGAGGUGGAGAUGAAGGAGAUUUACACCAGCAACCACAUCUGGAAGUUAUUUGAGAAUUUUCUCGUGGAUAUGGCAAGAGUCUGUAACACAACAACGGAUCGGAAACACGCAGACACGGCUCUAGAGAAGUACGUCACUGAGCCCGUCAUGAACAUCGCCAGCGGAUUUUUCAGCUCCCCUUUCUCGGAUAACAGUACUAGUCUUCAGACCCACCAGCCCGUCUUCAUCCAGCUCCUCCAAUCCGCCUUCCGAAUUUACAACUGUACGUGGCCGAACCCGUCUCAGAAAUCCUCGGUGGAGUCGUGUAUAAAAACACUGGCAGAAGUGGCAAAGAACCGUGGGAUAGCCAUUCCAGUGGAUUUGGACAGCCAGGUGAACACACUAUUCCUGAAGAGUCACACUAACAUGGUGCAGAGAGCUGCCAUGGGCUGGAGGAUGAGUGCGCGUACCGGGCCCCGCAAGGAAAUGCUGGGAGGUCCAGCCUGGGAUUACCGCAACAUCAUUGAGAAGCUGCAGGAUGUUGUGGCCUCAUUGGAGCACCAGUUCAGUCCCAUGGUGUUGGCGGAGUUCUCAGUCCUUGUCGAUGUUCUUCACAGCCCCGAACUUCUCUUUCCUGAAGGGAGUGAUGCACGGAUCCGCUGCGGGGCCUUCAUGUCUAAGUUGAUUAAUCACACAAAGAAGCUGAUGGAGAAGGAAGAGAAACUUUGUAUCAAAAUCCUGCAGACGUUACGUGAAAUGUUGGACAAAAAAGACAGCUUCGCUGAGCAGGGUGUCACGCUGCGCAAAAUACUUCUGAAUCGUUACUUCAAGGGUGACUACGGCUCCUCUGUGAACGGGCCGCUAACAGCAGGAUAUGUGAAAUCCGGAGCAGUAGCCGCAGCCUUCUCCAUCCCGGACAGUGACAAGAAGGCAGGGGCUUCCAUGACAGAUAUUCAGUGCCUUCUGGACAAGGAGGGUGCUUCUGAACUGGUCAUAGAUGUCAUUGUUAGCACCAAGAACGAUCGGAUAUUUUCUGAAGGAAUCUUACUUGGAAUUGCGCUGCUGGAGGGUGGAAACACCCAAAUACAGAGUUCAUUUUAUCACCAAUUAAACGAGCAGAAAAAAUCUGAGAAGUUUUUCAAGGUCUUGUACGACAGGAUGAAAGCUGCCCAGCAGGAGAUCCGAGCCACUGUGACUGUCAACACCAUCGACCUGGGCACCAAGAAGAAGGACGAUGAAUAUGAGUCCAUGUCUUUACCCAAGAAGAGAGUAAGAGAUUCUCAGCUCCAUCUUAAAGAUGGGAUGAAGGGACAGUUGGCUGAGGCCUCCACUGCGACGUCCAAGGCAUACGGCAUGUACCGAAAAGCGAUCGAUCCAGAUAUGGAUAUGAUGGGCUCUGGAGGAGAUAACGGAGGAGGUGAAGAGAAGGCGGCAGAGGAGUCGGUCACCAUGAGCCCUGUCAUAGAAAUCAUGCAGCCCAUCCUGAGGUUCCUCCAGCUGCUUUGUGAGAACCACAACCUUGGCCUUCAGAACUUUUUGAGGAACCAGAACAACAAGACCAACUACAACCUAGUGUGCGAGACACUCCAGUUCUUGGAUUGUAUUUGCGGGAGCACAACAGGCGGUCUAGGUCUGCUUGGGCUGUACAUCAAUGAACGGAACGUGGCUCUGGUAAACCAAACACUCGAGAGCUUAACUGAAUAUUGCCAAGGGCCCUGUCAUGAGAAUCAGACAUGUAUAGCGACUCACGAGUCCAAUGGGAUUGACAUCAUCAUUGCCUUAAUUCUAAAUGACAUCAACCCGCUGGGAAAGUACCGUAUGGACCUGGUGCUGCAAUUAAAGAACAAUGCCUCCAAACUGCUUCUGGCCAUUAUGGAGAGCCGCCAUGACAGUGAGAACGCAGAGAGGAUUCUGUUUAACAUGAGACCUGGAGAGCUGGUGGAUGUAAUAAAAGCAGCUUAUAACCAGGCACUGGAAAGUGACCAAGACGACCACUGCCAGGAUGAACAAGUGUCCCCAAGGUGUGUUGGACACAACAUUUACAUCUUGGCUCACCAGUUGGCACGACAUUCCAAGUUAUUACAGCAAAUGCUGAGGCCGGGGAACGACCCAGAUGGCGGUGAUGAAGCUUUGAAGUACUACGCUAACCAUACGGCUCAGAUUGAGAUUGUCCGCCAUGAUCGCACCAUGGAGCAGAUCGUGUUCCCCGUGCCAAACAUCUGCGAGUAUCUCACCAAAGAGUCUAUGCACCGAGUAUUCAACAGCACCGAGAGGGAUGAGCAGGGCAGCAAAAUUAAUGAUUUCUUUCAGCAGACAGAGGACCUUUAUAACGAGAUGAAAUGGCAGAAGAAAAUCCGGAAUAACCAAGCUCUUUUCUGGUUCUCCCGACACAUAUCACUCUGGGGCAGCAUCUCCUUCAACCUGGCAGUUUUCAUCAACCUGGCCGUGGCUCUGUUCUAUCCAUUUGGAGAUGAUGGAGAUGAAGGUACUCUUCCCCCGUUGAUCUCCGUCUUGCUUUGGAUAGCAGUUGGCACCUGCACGGCCAUGUUGUUCUUCUUUCUCAAACCGAUCGGGAUUCGCCCGUUCCUGGUGUCGGUGAUGCUGCGCUCCAUCUAUACCUUGGGGCUAGGCCCAACUCUCAUAUUACUGGGGGCUGCCAAUUUGUGCAAUAAAGUGGUCUUCCUGGUGAGUUUCGUGGGAAACCGUGGCACGUUCACCCGAGGUUACCGAGCUGUCAUAAUGGACAUGGCGUUUUUGUAUCACGUGGUCUAUGUAAUCGUGUGCAUGCUGGGCCUUUUUGUGCACGAAUUCUUCUACAGCUUCCUGUUGUUUGAUCUUGUCUACCGAGAAGAAACCUUGUUGAACGUCAUCAAAAGUGUCACCAGAAACGGUCGUUCCAUCAUCCUGACCGCAGUAUUGGCGCUCAUUCUUGUCUACCUCUUCUCAAUUAUUGGGUUCCUCUUUCUUAAAGAUGACUUUAUCAUGGAUGUAGACCGACUGAAGGACAGGACACCAGAUCUCGAUAAUGGUGGCCUCCGAGCCUCUUCUGUAACAGCAAUGAUGAGCUCCUGUCCACAGGAAGACUGUCCGUCAUCAACCAUAUCCAUCACAGAUGUGGAUGGGGAGGAAGAUAAUUCAGAGCGAGCGUGCGACACGCUGCUCAUGUGCAUAGUGACCGUCCUAAACCAGGGCUUGCGCAAUGGUGGAGGUGUGGGUGACGUCCUCCGGAAACCUUCGAAAGAUGAGCCUUUGUUUGCUGCGCGAGUUGUUUAUGACCUCCUCUUCUAUUUCAUCGUCAUCAUCAUCGUCCUGAACCUCAUCUUUGGUGUCAUCAUUGAUACGUUUGCUGACCUGAGAAGUGAGAAGCAGAAGAAAGAGGAAAUUCUGAAAACAACUUGCUUUAUCUGCGCUCUGGAGAGAGACAAGUUUGACAACAAGACGGUCUCCUUCGAGGAGCACAUCUUGUCAGAGCAUUGCAUGUGGCACUACCUGUACUUUAUCGUACUGAUCAAGGUGAAGGACCCAACGGAGUAUACAGGACCAGAAAGCUUUGUGGCUAAAAUGAUUACUGAGAAGAACCUGGACUGGUUCCCUCGGAUGCGGGCCAUGUCCCUUGUCAGCAGCGAGGGCGAGAACGAGCAGAAUGAGAUCCGCAACUUGCAGGAGAAGCUGGAGACCACCAUGAGCCUGGUGAAGCAACUGUCCGGCCAGCUGUCAGAACUCAAGGAGCAGAUGACGGAGCAGAGAAAAAACAAGCAGCGCCUGGGUUUUCUUGGCUCAAAUCCGACCCACGUGAACCAUCACCUCCCUUCACAUUGAGCCAGCACAGAUGAUGGCAAUAGUAGUGUCUAUGUACGAUUGGACGCGGAGUGAGAGACGGACAGGUGGCCUUGUUGGAUGGAUCUGAAGUUUUGUACAAACAUGGUCUGUGACCAGCAGGACCAGAGGCAUCUUCAUGGGACCAAUGACCGCACUAUUCAAGGAACCGCAACAUGAACUUUUCAAGAGGCAUCACUUUUUGAGACAGAAUUGCAUAUUGGUUUCUUUAAAGGGAAUCUUAUAAUGUUAAAGUUUUUUUUAAGAAAAUAUAUUUUUUCUAUUUAUAGAUGAUAUUUGUUAUUUAUGUACUCGGGGAGCAGCCAUAUUUGUUUAUUACAUAGGCAGGCUUUGCUUCCUAUUGCAGUACAACGGAUAUGCAUUUUUCCUUCUUUCAAGGCAAAACUGUGGGACUGCAGCGUGCUUGAAAACAAUAACUUAUCAUACAACUGGCCUUAUUGAUGAAGCUGUUAAGCAAGGCUGUUGGCUCAAAAAAUGAAUCUACCCACCCGCCAGAGAAAUAUGUAAAUGGGACAGCAAACAUGGAAAAGUGCUGAAAAGUGCCAGAAAAAUCUUCUAUAGCUGAACUUUACAAUACAAACUCCAAAUCGUGUUCUUUGUGGAGAUGAACUAUGCUUUCCAUCACUAGGAUUGUAUCAUGUUUGCACUCGGAGAGACUGAAAGCUGGUAAGCUUGACACGUGACAAAGGAGCCUUCAUUUUAUCUGUGCCUUAUACACAGAGAUACGUCUUCAUCUCAAAUCAGACUGUCUGUAUCCAGGAAACAUUUGUACAGAUAUACGAGUUGCUUUUCUUAUACAAUUUAUUGUAAUUUUAGCUCUAAGUCCAGUGUGGGGUUUAGUAUCCCAAUCCAUACAACUAGAUUUACUAUGCGCUGUCUGUCACACUUAGGGUUCAUCAUGUAUGGAAUGGCUGUCGCUGAAUCUUUGUGACAAUUUGUUUUGAAGUUUAUAUAUGAAAGUUCAAUCAUGUUGGGUAAAUCAAUGCCACUAUAAAACAUUGAAAGAUCUCUACAUGUAAAUUUAUUGAAAAUCUUGAGCUGUAUUUUACCACCUGUUCCUUCCUCCACCGUUCCUUUCCUGUAAUACCCUGUGCUGCUAAAGGAGUCUUCUCCCUUCUCUGAAGCCUCAUACACACGACCGAGUUUCUCGGCAAAAA